ACUUUUGCCGAAGAUACAUUAUGUAUUACGAAACUUUAAAUUUUAAUUCAGUCUGCAUACUUUUUGUAUUCAUCUGGUGAUUUUCAGCAAUUAUUCUGAAAAUUUAAUGCGUUCAAUAAUGUCCAACAACCAAAAGCAUCCGACUUUGCUCAAUAUGCCUCUGGAAGUCGCUAACCAAAUUUUGGAGAAACUUGAGCCCAUAUAUCAACUGACAUCCCGAAAAGUGUGCAAAUGUUUGAAAACGUCGGUGGAUAAGCUGGGAACUCAUUUUUAUUCCAUCACCUUCCAUAUUUUGUCUAGAGAAGCACACAUUCAAUUGAACGGAACAGAAAUCAAAUACAUUGAUGCUCCAAAUGCCAGUACAUAUGUAAUUUACAACGAACAAAAAAAGAUUAUUCAAGGCGAAAACUUCAUCAACUUAGCCUUCAAUGAUUUGCAACUUUUAUUAAAGAAUCCUAUAUCAAAAUUUGAAUUUCUCGAAGACAAAAGUAUUCAAGACAAUGGGCUACGUCUUCUAGACGUUAUGAAACAAAACGGUAGGGUUCAUCUCAAGAGUAUCAAGUUUUCUCAUUGCUCAAUCGACGACGUACUGCCAAUUUUUCCAUAUUUGAAUGCUCAAGUUGUAGAAGAAAUCGAAUUGUAUUUUUUCAAAUCAGCUGACGGAUUUGAUAGGAUUAGAGAUUUGGAUCAAUGGAAAAACGCAAAAAGCUUUACAUAUUAUAGCUUAGUCCCGAUGGAAAACAAUCAAACUAUGCAUAUGUUUCAUUUUGAGCACUUCACGCUCACAUUGGAUAAGUUUUUGCUACAAGACGCAAUUCAAAUUCGAGAUAACGUUCUGAACAGAAGUACAUUUGAGAUUUGCAAUAUCAAUUUUCGAGCAUCAAACGCAACCCCAUCGGAAAUCGCAAAAGUAUUCAAAUCGGAUUACACAGACGAUGAUGGUGACUUUUUGUGGACAAACGAUUGUAAAACAUGGUUAAUUUGCAGUCACCAUGAAUUUUUUUCUUGUUCCGAAACUUAAUGAACAUUUAGUUUUUCAUACUCGUAAUUUGUUCCAUUCCUCGCAUACCCCUUCCCUCGUUUGUAACCUAGUGCAACAUGAAUUGUUUUUUAGCCUUCAAAAAAAUCUAAUUUUUUUUGAAAUACGAAAAAUAUCAAGUUUGGAAUGAAAGAAAAAGUAGCGUAAAAAACAUACAACUUCAAUUAUGAAAAUUGUCAAAGAGUAUAUAUUUUUCUACUGAACCAUUUUUGCUACUUUUGUUCCAAUACCACGCAAUUUUUUUUAAAAAUUAGCUCAGUUUUUUCUAGAUUGAUGAAUAAGCAAAUAUACAUUUUUAAAAAUUGAUAAAUAAUUU